AUGGCCCACAGGGCUAGUAAGUAUUUACUGGGUUAUACCAUAGAUUCAGAUAUUGCCAAUAAUGAUUUGUUCCCAAAUUUAUUUUCCAAAGACAAAGAUGAUGAUAAAAGUAUAGAUUUGUCAUCCAUGAACGAUGUUGACGAAAAUGAUGAUAAUGAUGAUGUUUCGAAUAUUUUCAAGAGAAAGUCCUUACUUCAAGAUAACACAUAUAACGAAGAGUUCAAUGAGGAUGAUAUUGAAACUGUAGACGAUUUCGAAAGGAUCUCCAACGAUCAUUUAAGUCAAGAUAUCUCGAGACAAAGAAAUCAUUUCAAAUCAAAUUUCGAUACUGAUUCAGAAAAUGAACUUUCGGAUCAUCAGUAUUCUAUUCAUUCUUCAGUAGUGGAGAAAAUGAAUGAUAAUGCAAUAAAUAAUCUCGAUCCCAGUGAUAGGUUCAAGUUUUUAACCAAUUAUACACAAAUCUUCAAGUCCAAUAAGUCACAAGGGAAAUCAAGUCAAGUUCAAGAAACUGAAAAUGGCAUUCCUUUACAAACUUUGGAUUCCAAUAAUUCUGUUUUUGGUUUAUCCAAAUUAGAUGAUUUCAAUAAAUUCGUUAAAAUGAGUGAAUUGAAUAAUAAAAUCUACAAUAAAUUCGAAAAAAAGAAUCCUGAUAAAGAUAAUUUGUUGAAUGUGAUAAAGUCCAAAGAUUUAGAACAAAAUUUUUAUGUUGAUCCAAAUGGUGAUGAUGAAAGAACAAACUUCCAAAGUAACAAUGAUAUGAAUUCUCGAUUUGGAGCUGCUAGUAAUCAAAAGAACUGGUUGAAAUGGAACCACAAGAAAACUGAACCCAAAGAUAAAUCAGAUUUCGUACGAAGUGAUGAUUUAUAUUUGAACAGUCCUGAUUUAUCAUCAAAUUCUUCCAAUGCUGAAGUACCUAAUCGUUACUUAUCCAGAAGUUUGAAAAUUAGACAUUUACAAAUGAUUAGUUUCGGUGGUACUUUAGGUGUUGGGUUAUUCUUAAAUAGUGGUAAAGCAUUGACCAUUGCUGGUGGUUUAGGUACUUUAUUGGCAUUCAUUAUUUGUGGAAUAAUAGUAUUAGCAACAAUUGUAUCCUUUUGUGAAAUGGUAACUUUCGUUUCAAUUGUUGAUGGAGUUUCAGGGUUGUCUUCCAGAUUUGUUGAUGAUGCUUUUGGGUUUGCCACUGGUUGGUUGUACUUCUUAAGUUUUUCAUUUGGUUUAGCUGGUGAGAUUGUUGCCAGUGUUAUUAUGCUUUCUUAUUAUCCUAAUUUAAGAAUUUUGGAGAGUAAAGGUAGUGUUGCAGGGUUUGUAACGUUCUUUUUAUUGAGUGUUAUAUUGAGUAAUUCAAUCAGUGUUCAAGUUUUUGGAGAAAUUGAAUAUAUUUCAAGUUUCAUCAAGUUGAUUUUUAUUUUGGUGAUGAUAAUUUUAAUGAUUGUAAUGAAUACUGGAGGUUUCACAGGUAAAUAUAUUGGAUUCAAAUAUUGGGACUAUUCCAAAUCAGAUUUUGAAAACAAUUUAAUCUUUGGAGUUUUCAGACCCACUUUCAAUUUGGAAGAUAAUGGUACUAGUGGGUUGCAUGAAGGUAUCGGAGGUGAUUUGGGAAGAUUUUUAUCCUUAUUGGUUGCCAUAUUAGUGGUGUCGUUUGCUUAUAGUGGUACAGAGAUUGUUUGUAUCGCUGCUUGUGAAGCCAAAGAACCAAGAAAAGCUUUACCAUCAGCUACCAAAAGGGUUUUCUGGAGAAUUGUCAUUUUCUACUGUUUAUCGGCAUUUGUUGUUUCUUUAAACUUAUAUGCUGGAGACCCAAGAUUAUUAAGGUAUUUCAGUGGUGCAACAGGUGUUGACUCUGAUCAAUUCCAUUCCAAUUAUGCUAUUGAUUAUGUGGGAGGUGCUCACUGUAAUAGUGAAUCGGCAGCAUUUGCAGGAUUUUCUUCAGGAUCCCAAAGUCCUUGGAUUGUGGCUUUACAAUCCGCAAAUUUAUGUGAACUAAGUUCAGUAGUUAAUGGAUUUUUAGUGUUUUUCGCUGUUAGUUGUGGUAAUGCUCAACUUUAUGUUAGUUCAAGAACCAUGUAUUCAUUAUCAUUACAAGGUAAGGCUCCUAAAUUUUUGAGCAAAUGUAACAAAUAUGGUAUUCCAUAUAAUUCAGUAGCAUUUUCAGCUGUGUUUGGAAUCUUUGCAUACAUUUGUGUUUCCAAAGAAGCUACCGUAGUCUUUCAAAAUUUAUCCAAUAUUAUAGCUAGUUCGGGUAUUAUUAUUUGGUUCGCUAUGUGUUUGAGUUAUAUAAGAUUUUAUUAUGGUUUGAAGAAAAGACCUGAUAUUAUUGAUAGAAACGAUCCAUCAUAUCCUUAUAAAUCAUUCUGGCAACCAUAUACUGCCAUAAUCGGGUUAAUUGGUUCGGGGUUCAUCAUAUUAUCCAUGGGUUUCACUGUAUUUUUAAAGAAUUAUUGGGAUACAAUGGCAUUUUUCACCAGUUAUGGUACAUUGAUACUUUUUGCAGUGUUUUAUUUUGUAUACAAAUUCAUCAACGGUACCAGAAUUCAUAGUUUAGAAACGUUAGAUUUCGACAGUGGUAGAAGAGAAAUCGAUAGAUAUAUUUGGGAUGGUAAUAAAGAUUACAACCAAAAAAACAUUAAAGAAUUAUUCCAUAAAUGGAUAUCAUUCUUAGCGUAA